AUGUCUUCCCCAGAGAGAAUAGGCUUCACUAUAUAUAAUUUAGCUGCUUCUUCCUUAAAUUACCUCAUAACAACAUCCUAUAAUUAGCCAAGUACUCAAUAGGCAUCUUUGAACUAAACUAUUACAAAAUCUGGAUUAAUGGAAAUGAAAGGGCUUCUUGAUCAUUAAGAUUAAAUUUACAAUCAUAAAAUCGUGAAAGCAUCCUAUUAUGAGACUCUGGUGACUCUUUAUUACAUAUUUAUGAUUACUUUUGUUAGAACUGAUAUUGGCUUAGGAUAUUUUGGAAUGAUUACUAGCAUUAUCAAGGCUUACUUUUAUCUGGUUGAUCCCGCUAAUUACGACCCUAUAGAUUAAUUUGACAGUUUCAUGCCUAAGCUCAUCCAAGGAUUUUAGUACUACACUCUAGGAAAUAUGAUUGUAAUGUCAAUAUGCUAUGUCGGUGCCUCAACAGUAUCUCUUUUGUUAAAAUCGACAGAGCUUUUUAUUUAUUUAGGGUAUACACUAUUGCCGAAGAUUCUUAACCAUGUGCUAUAUAGCUAUCUCACAAAUUAUUUUGCUCACUAAUACAUGGAUAAAAUUGUCUGA